AUGUGUAGAUUUCUCAUUUUUAAAGGAAAAGAACCAGUGCGGCUGUCGCAUUUGUUAACGAAACCAGCACAUUCCAUCAUAAAACAGUCAUUCGAUAGCCGGUUGCGACUGGACAGAAGACGGCCGGUCAAUGGUGACGGAUUCGGCGUAGCAUACUACUCGUUGGACGAGGAGCUCGAAGAAGACGGGCCAUGUCUGUUCAAAGCCAUCACGCCGGCGUGGAACAACCAGAACCUGGAGGUUCUUGCCGAAAAGACCAAAUCGGCUCUCGUUUUCGCUCAUGUCAGAGCGUCCACGUACGGGGUCCUAUCCGAAACUAAUUGCCAUCCGUUCACGUACCACCGGAUCACCUUCAUGCACAACGGCGGGAUCUCCAACUUCCCGAAGAUUAAAAGACGGUUUUUGGCGCACUUGGAUGACGAGUACUUCAACCUAAUUCAGGGCAGCACCGAUUCUGAAUGCGCAUUCGCGUUGUUUCUUGACACGCUGCAGAAAAUGGGAUGUAACACCUCAGACAAGCACGGCGACUUUGGCCACGCCACGCUGCGCAAAUGCAUGGUCCAAACAAUCCAAUACAUCAAGGAAUGGACAGGAGAAGCCAACAAGCUCGAUCCCUGUGCAGAACCCUCCAUUUUGAACUUCGCCGUCACGGACGGCUCCAGCGUGGUGGUUUCGCGCUACGUUACUUCCAAGACCGACGAGGCGGCAUCACUACACUACAGCUGCGGAUCCAGCUUCGUCGAGUACGCUCCUGGCGAAUUUCAUAUGGAGCGUCUAGACAGAAACCAAGAUGUGAUAAUGGUGGCCUCCGAACCGCUAACUUUUGAAAGAGGCGAUUGGACUGCCGUCCCUACAAACAGCAUACUCACCAUCAAGAACCAGACUGUUCUGCUGCAUCCAAUAAUGGAUGAAUAUUUCCAAGAAGACCCACUGUACGCACGGAGUUCAACCUUGGCCGAGAGAAAGGGACUUAUGGGCUCUGUUCCGCUUUCAAAGCCCCUGGAGAGGGACGUACCACCACUGGAGAGAGAGGGUCGUUCCAGACCUCAAACAUCCACCGCAGCUGCCUAG